AUGAUAUAAUUAGUUACUAAAAAGGUUUUUCUGAUUUAAAAGAGAAAAGUAUUUUGUUAUGAGAUUUCUUUUAGUGUGAAACAAUUAGAAUAAUUAAAAUUUAUAAUUGGUAAAUGGAAUAUUGGUCUGAAAUAACAAAUGAAACCUUGGAGAAUGCAAGAAAGUAUAAGAAAUAGGAAUAGGAAAGAUAACAUAUGUGCAUAAAUGAAAGUUUGAUAGAUUCAGAAGCUUAAUAACAAUAUGAGAAAUGUUCUGAAUC